UGGUACCGUAUAUAUUUCGGGUGUCUCAGAAACCAACUUCCUACACCGCAGGGCUAACCCUACUACAGUACCAUACCGGCCUGUAUCAUCAUUGUGUUAAAAGCCAUUUGUAAUCACCGCCACACCAGUGUCUAACGGAUAUCUCCUGAUUAUCACAAGACGCGACUGGAUCGUCCUUUGUGGUCAACUGAUCGAACUAACUGAGCAAGGUAAGCGAAAUAUGCGCCUCCACGUGUUCCUCCUGACCGUGGUCCUGUUCCUGUCGCUGACGGACGUGGAGGGCUGGAGACGCCGCCGACGCCGCAGGUGUCCCGUGGUGAACUGUCGAUGGAGCGGGUGGUCGCUAGGCACAUGUAGCGCCUCGUGCGGAGGGGGCACUGCUCCGUGUACCAGAACGAAGUCUCCCCCCGCAUCCUGUGGAGGUGCUGACUGCUCGGGAUCAGCCUCCUCCCGGUGUGCUUGUACCGGACCGAACCCGUGUCAGAACGGCGGGCGGCCAGCCUCCUCAGGCUGCACCUGCGCCGCCGGCUUUACUGGGUCGUGCUGUCAAACAAGGAUUUCUUGCCCCGCCAUCUCUCCCCCAACUAACGGCGGGAACAGUGGCUGCAGGACUUUCGGAUGUCGCAUGACGUUUUCCUGUAACUCCGGGUAUCAGCUGAGCGGUAACUCCGCCAUCACGUGUCAGUCUAACGGACAGUGGAGCGGAGCCAGGCCGUCCUGCAGCCGAGUCCAAUGUCCCACCCUCAGUGCUCCAUCUCACGGCACCAUAUCUGGCAGCUACUACUUCGGCGACAGAGUGACGUUUGGCUGCAGUUCCGGCUACAGCCUCCAGGGUAGCUCCACGCGCACGUGCCAGGCUGACAAGGCCUGGAGUGGCACCCAGCCUACAUGCACACGAAAGAGCUGUCCCGCCCUGACCGCCCCAGCUAAUGGUGGGAUGCAGGGAACGAGCUUCCUUUACACCGACGUGGUGAGCUUCUCGUGCAACCCUGGGUACGAGCUGAGUGGGUCCCAGAGCAGGACGUGUCAGGCCGACCAAGUCUGGACAGGCUCUCAGCCAACAUGCUCCCGAAAGCUCUGUCAGCAACUCUCAUCUCCAGCAAACGGACAAGUCACCGGUGGACACGCCUAUGGUGACGUCACGACCUUCUCCUGUGACACUGGGUACGAGCUGCAAGGUGACGUCACAAGGACCUGUCAGGCCAACCAACAGUGGAGCGGAGCUCAACCAACGUGCUCAAGAAAGACCUGUCCCGUCCUGGACGCUCCACCUAACGGCGCGGUGCAGGGAGGCCACCUGUACGGUGAUACGGCCACGUUCCGCUGUGACGCCGGGUACCAACUCAGCGGGACGGCCACUCUGACGUGUCAGGCCGCGCAGACCUGGAGCGAUACAUCUCCGGCAUGCAACAGAAAGGCCUGCCCGCCUGCCCCCGCUCCGACCAACGGCCACGUGUCCGGCGGACAUCUCUACGGCGACACGGCCACGUUCUCCUGCGACCCUGGGUACGAGCUGCAGGGGUCCGUCACCGCAGUGUGUCAGGCCGACCAGACAUGGAGUCAGGCUCAACCGGACUGCCAAGUGGUGACGUGCCCAGUCCUCCAGCCGCCGUCAAACGGACAGAUGACCGGCGGGAACUCGUACGGGGAGAAGGUCACCUUCAGCUGUAACUCUGGGUACGAGCUGAGCGGCAGCCGUGAGCGGACGUGCCAGGCUAACAAACAGUGGAGCGGGUCGUCUGCAGUCUGUGACAAGGUCCGAUGCCCCACGUUGUCCGCACCGGCACACGGCUCCAGCACUGGCGCUACUUUCUUCGGAGACACUCUGAGCUUCGUGUGCGACACUGGGUACGAGCUGUACGGCAGCUCUGGCAGCGUCACGUGUCAGGCCGACCAGACGUGGUCUGUAGCAGCGCCAUCUUGCAGAAAAAUAGUCUGCCCUGCCCUCUCCCCACCGCUGAACGGUCACGUGACGGGAGGUACCGAGUAUGGAGACAUGGCUGUGAUGACGUGUGAUGAAGGGUUCAGUCUGGUUGGUGACGUCACACGCACCUGUCAGGACAACAAGCAAUGGUCGGGUACACAGCCAACAUGUCAGAGAAAAAGCUGUCCGCAGCUGUCAGCUCCGGAUAACGGCGGCGUAUCGGGAGGAGUCCUGUUCGGAGACACGGCAACCUUCACGUGUGACCCUGGGUACGAGCUGGUGGGGUCCGCCACUCGGCUGUGCCAGGCUAACCAGCAGUGGAGCGGAUCACAGGCGUCCUGCCAGAGUAAGAACUGUUGUACACUGUUUCGUGGACACGAGACAUGUAUAUUGACAUUCUGGAGGCUGUCAUCUCUUUUAGAACAAAAUAUCAAUUCUUAACCAACGUCUGAUGGU